AGGUUUGAAGAAGAAGAAAAAACUCUCUAGUCAAAAAGUGCAGAGGAGGAAGAAGAGGGCCGAAAGGUCCUGCCCGGUUUACUGUCGGAUUAGAGUGUUUUAGUUUUAUUUUUGUCGCUCCGGAGAGUUUGGGAACCAAACUGUCCAAACUUGCGCGCAAAGUUUUUUUCUUCUUUACUGAAGCAAACCGUGGAGCGCAGAGUGCCGCGUUUCUCAAGAGUGGAGGAUGUCAACUUCUGACGAGGCAGACGGGCUCCGGCCGAGAUAUGGCUCGGUCCUGGAUGGAGUGGAGCGGCUCACCGCGGAGGAGAUGGAUGAGCGGCGGCAGGCUAACAUGGCCUACGAGUAUCUGUGUCACCUGGAGGAAGCCAAAAGAUGGAUGGAGGCGUGUCUGGACGAGGAGCUGCCCCCCACCACAGAGCUGGAGGAGGGCCUGAGGAAUGGCGUCUAUCUGGCAAAACUGGGCAACUUCUUUGCCCCAAAAACCGUCUCACUCAAGAAGAUCUACGACCGCGAACAGACGCGUUACAAGGCGACCGGUCUCCAUUUCAGACACACAGACAAUGUCAUCCAGUGGCUCAACGCCAUGUCAGAGAAGGGACUGCCAAAGAUCUUCUACCCCGAAACCACAGACAUAUAUGACAGAAAGAACAUGCCACGCUGCAUCUACUGCAUACAUGCACUCAGCCUGUACCUGUUCAAGCUCGGUCUGGCCCCCCAGAUCCAGGAUCUGUAUGGAAAAGUGGAUUUCACUGAGGAGGAGAUCAACAACAUGAAGAGCGAGCUGGAAAAGUAUGGAAUCCAGAUGCCCGCCUUCAGCAAGAUUGGCGGAAUCCUGGCCAAUGAGCUCUCUGUGGAUGAAGCUGCCUUGCACGCUGCUGUGAUCGCCAUCAACGACGCCAUCGACCACGGCGUCCCAGAGGGCACGGUUGCCGCCAUGCAGAACCCCAACGCCAUGCUGGUCAACCUGGACGCCAAUGCUGCUCGCCAGUACCACGACACACUGUACCAGGCCAAGGGAGAGAAGGUGGCCAACUCACGCAAACGGCAAAUGGAGAACGCCGACGCAGAGAGAGAUAUCUACGACGAGCUUCUAACCCAGGCGGAAAUUCAGGGCAAUGUCAACAAGGUCAACGUGGCCACCGCCUUGAGUGCAGCCGAGCAGGCGUUGCUGAGCGGCGAUGAGGACAAGUUAUAUGAGGCACUUAAAGCCAUGGGCAUCCAGAACCUGCAGGCCCAGAACAAAGGCUGGUACCUCAAACAGCUUCAGGCCAACCGAGAGAACAAAGACCAGUUAUCUCCAGGAGAAGCCCUGACUAAAGAUGAGCUGCAGAACGGCGUGGACGUGUCUAAUGAGAUUGCAGCAGGCUACCUAAAGAUGUUGAAGGCAGUUGAACGUAUCAACGCUGCCAUCAGGGCGGGGGUGGCAGAGAAGACGGUGGAGGAGCUGAUGAACCCUGACGCUCAGCUGCCUGAAGUCUACCCCAGCGCAGCUGACCUUUACCAGAGAGAGCUGGUCUGCCUGCAGCAGCAAAGCUCGGAGGGCUCAUUGUCCCACCCAGAACUUCUGGUUGCCGUGGAGAUGCUGUCGUCAGUGGUGCUGAUGAACCAGGCGAUGGACGCCGGGGACCGAGCAGCCCUCUGGAAACAGCUGUCCAGUGUCGUCACUGGACUCAGUAAUGUGGAGGAUGAAUAUGCGCAGAGGUACAUGGAUGAACUGAUGCGUCUGAAGGCAGCAGCCAGAGAGGAGGGCUCCGACUAUCUCACCUGGAACGACAUCCAAGCCUGCAUCGACCAAGUCAAUCUCACUGUGCAUGAGGAGCAUGAACGUAUUGCCGCCAUCGGGCUGAUCAAUGAGGCCCUGGAUGAAGGCGAUCCAAUGAAGACCCUGUCCAUGCUGCAAAACCCCUCAGCCAAGCUUACAGAUGUGGACCCGUCUGUGGCUCAGCACUACCACGACAAACUGCUGGAGGCCCGCAGAGAGAAGGCUCAUGAGACCCAAGACCCGUCUGCUGUGCUGUGGCUGGAUGAGAUCCAGGAUGCUGUUCUGAAGGCAAACCAGGACACACAGGAGGCCCUACAGUUCUCGCAGUCCAUCCAGGCUGUGAAUGAGGCGGUGGACAGCGGCGACCAGGCUCAGACACUAGCGGCACUGCGUAGCCCCGGGGCCGGACUGUACGGCGUUACCUCUGAGUGUGCGAAGACCUACCAGGAUGACCUUUCCAAGAUCAAAGAGGAGAAAAAGGCAGAAGGUGAUAAUGGCAGUGAGUGGGUGAAGCACUGGGUGAAGGGAGGACACAACUACUACUACAAUCUGCAGGGCAAGGAGGGCACCUGGGUGGAGCCGGAGGGCUUCCUGCAGAACAACACCCAGCUCAACAAGGAGGACAUCCAGUCUGUGGUUUCCGGGGUAACCACUGCCUAUAAUCGCGAGCAGCUGUGGCUGGCCAACGAGUCUCUGAUCGCCAAGCUGCAAGCUCGUUGCCGCGGCUACCUGGUGAGGAAUGGCCAAAAGGAGAGAGUGAACUUCCUGAAAUCCCAAGAACCAGCUGUUACUUGCAUACAGGCCCACUGGAAAGGCCACCAACAGAGGAAGAAGUUCAAAGACCGUAAGCAGUAUCUGAAAGACCACACUGAUGAGGCUGUCAAGAUCCAAUCCAUGGUUCGGAUGCACCAAGCUCGUAAGAAAUACAAGGAUCGGCUGAAGUACUUUGAAGAUCACAUCGAUCAGGUGGUGAAGAUUCAGGCUUUCAUUAGAGCCAACAAGGCCAGAGACGACUAUAAGACGCUGAUCAGCGCUGAGGAUCCUCCGAUGGCAGUGGUGAGGAAGUUUGUCCACCUGCUGGACCACAGCGACCAGGACUUCCAGGAGGAGCUGGAGCUGAUGCAUCUCCGUGAGGAGGUGGUCACCAACAUCCGCUCCAACCAGCAGCUGGAGAAUGACCUGAACCUGAUGGACAUCAAGAUCGGCCUGCUGGUGAAGAACAAGAUCACGCUGCAGGAGGUGGUGUCCCACAGCAAGAAGCUGACCAGGAAGAACAAGGGCCAGCUGUCCGACAUGAUGAUGAUGAACAAGCAGAGGGGGGGGCUAAAGGCCCUGAGCAAGGAGAAGAGGGUCAAACUGGAGGCCUACCAGUUCCUCUUUUAUCUGUUACAGACCAACCCCACUUAUCUCGCCAAGCUGAUCUUCCAGAUGCCACAGAAUAAGUCCACUAAGUUCAUGGACUCCGUCAUCUUCACCCUGUAUAACUACGCCUCCAACCAGAGGGAGGAAUACCUGCUGACCAAGCUCUUCAAAACUGCCCUACAGGAGGAGAUCAAGUCAAAGGUGGACGAGAUGAAGGAGAUCAUCACAGGAAACCCGACCGUCAUCAAGAUGGUGGUGAGCUUCCACAGAGGGGCGAGGGGACAGAAUGCUCUGCGGCAGAUUCUGGCCCCUGUCGUCAAGGAGAUCAUGGAUGACAAAGCGCUAAACAUAAAGACCGACCCCGUGGACAUCUACAAGAGCUGGGUGAACCAGAUGGAGACGCAGACUGGAGAGGCCAGUAAGCUGCCUUAUGACGUGACUCCAGAACAGGCCAUGGCCCACGAGGAGGUUAGGACAAGACUGGAGGCGUCCAUCAAGAACAUGAAGACGAUCACAGACAAAUUUCUGUUGGCCAUAAUCGUCUCAGUGGAUAAAAUUCCAUAUGGGAUGCGUUUUGUCUCUAAGGUGCUGAAGGACACCCUUAAUGAGAAAUUCCCUGAUGCGACUGAGGACGAGCUUCUCAAGAUUGUGGGGAACCUCCUGUAUUACCGCUACAUGAACCCAGCCAUUGUGGCCCCUGAUGCCUUCGACAUCAUUGAGGUAUCAGCGGGUGGUCAGCUGACCACAGAGCAGCGGAGAAACCUGGGCUCUGUUGCCAAGAUGCUGCAGCAUGCUGCCUCCAACAAGAUGUUCCUGGGAGACAACGCCCACCUCAAUCCCAUCAACGAAUAUCUUAGCGCCUCCUACCAGAAGUUCAGGCGUUUCUUCCUGGCAGCGUGUGACGUUCCCUCUCUUGAGGAUAAGUUCAAUGUGGAUCAGUACUCUGACUUGGUGACUGUGACCAAACCUGUCAUCUACAUCUCCAUUGGAGAGAUCAUCAACACUCACACUCUGCUGCUGGAUCAUCAGGACGCCAUCGCUCCAGAGCACAAUGACCCCAUCCACGAGCUGCUGGAGGACCUGGGCGAGGUUCCCACCGUGGAGUCCCUCAUCGGAGAGAACCCUCUCCCUGCUAACGACCCCAACAAAGAGCUGAUGGGGAAGACGGAGGUGUCUCUCACCCUCACUAACAAGUUUGACGUCCCUGGUGAGGCCAAUGCAGAGAUGGACGCCCGGACUCUGCUGCUCAACACCAAGAGGCUCAUCGUGGAUGUGAUCAGGUUCCAGCCUGGGGAUACUCUCACUGAGAUCUUGGACCUGGCAGCAAGCACCGAGCAGGAAGCAGAGUACCAGCGUGCCAUGCAGAGGAGAGCCAUCAGAGACGCAAAGACCCCAGAGAAGAUGAAACAGGUGAAGCCGGUGGUGGACGACAGCCUGACGCUGCAGGGCAAGAAGGACAAGAUCAAGAGCAACCUGCAGAGGCUCGCCGAGCUGGGGAAGGUGCACCCCGAGAACCGCUAUCAGGACCUUAUCAACGACAUAGCCAAGGACAUCAGGAAUCAGAGACGGUAUCGCCAGCGCAGGAAAGCCGAGCUGGUGAGACUUCAGCAGACCAACACCGCGCUCAAUUCAAAGACCAAUUUCUUCAAUGUCCAGAUCGAUUCCUACAAUCAGUAUAUCAAGACGUGCAUGGACAACCUGGCCAGCAAGUGCAAGGCCAAACCAGGCAACAACAAGGCCAAGAAGAGUAAACAGGUGUCACAGAAAUACACCGCCUCCCGCCUCCACGAGAAGGGCGUGCUGAUCGCCAUCGAGGAUCUGCAGCCCAACCAGUUCAAAAAUGCUAUUUUUGAGAUUUCUCCAGCAGAGACUGUCGGCGUUUUCGAGGUGAAGGCCAAGUUCAUGGGUGUGCACUUGGAUACGUUACAGUUGGAAUAUCAGGAUCUACUCCAGCUGCAGUAUGAAGGCGUGGCGGUGAUGAAGCUCUUCGACAAAGCCACCGUCAACGUCAACCUGCUCAUUUUCCUGCUCAACAAGAAAUUUUACGGGAAAUAGAAAGAAAAGGAUAAAAGGGCUACGGACACUGAUUCAAACCACAAGACCCGCUUUCAGGGUUGCAGAAAGCCCUGACCUGAACCACCCUGCUUCCUACACAUUCCCUACUGCACUUCUAUCAUGUGCCUUAUGCAAAUUUAUGUGCAUUAUUUUGUAUUAUGUGGAUUAUCAUAUGUGCUUUAUUCUUAAUGGAAUAGUCAGUACGCUACAGAAGCUUGCUGGAGGCUUUUUUUUCUCACUGUCUUUUUGUCUGUAACUGCGUAUAGGUUAUGAAAAUCUCGUGCAUGGGCCUUGAUUAAUUAUAAAAUGUACGUUUUAUGUAAAGAGAUCACGUUUUGUGUCUUUAUUAGCUGUUUAUCCACUCACCUGAAUGCUAAACGCUUUUUGAAAAUCUCCUCCACCAAAACUAAAGCGCUAGCUUACUCUUCAGCAGGGCUGCGGUGCACGUGCCGGCGUUAGGCUAUAUUCACUAGGCAAACUUCUCUGGGCCAUUUUGUGUUCAAUUAUCUGCUGCUUGAGAAAAACUGGACAGAAAACUUAAGAGUCUUGGGGAAAAAAACAAGAUUAGAGAAGACUACUUCUCUUUUUAUACAUACAUAUAUUUAAGUGUUUUUCACAUGCUUUGAUUGGAAAAUGAUUAAACUGUUGAGAUUCGACCCACCAGACCACAUCCUAAACACACCAAGGUUUCAGCAGAUCCUUAAAAUCUUGAAAUUAAUCAAAUGAAAGACCCUUAUUUGUUCUAUAAAUGUCUUAAAUCAAUCCUUCAAAAUUAAGAUUUUAAGAAUUUUCUGAUGGUGCAUUGUAAAAUCACAAAAUAUUUGUAACAUAUUUUUAACUUAAUGUCUCGUGCAUUUAGUCUGAAGAACAUAAUGUUAUUUUCAAUGAUAAUAAUAAAAACAAUAACAAAAUAUUAAUAAUGAAUAUAUAUAUAUAUAUUAAGUAAAAUUGUUCCUAAAUAUCAAUCUGAUUAACAUUAAAUUAAGGGCAUCACACAUUGACUUUAAAAACAAUUUUAUCAAAAUUAGCAGCCUGCUCAUAUUGAGUUCAAUUUUUUUUUAUUAAAUAAAAUGUAGAAACAAGUACAAAUUUAAAUUGGUAGGGUGAUAAUACUCAUUUUAUACAAUUAAAAAUACAUCAAACACAUUUGAUAUACUCUCAAACUGCUUUCAUAGUCAGAAGUUAAUUAUUGACAAUUUAAGAAACUGUGGGCUGUUAGUGAUUAGUUUCUCGUUGUGUAGUUAAUAUUUAAUUCAUUUUUUCUCCCCUGUCUUUUUUGCUCUUUCCAUUUUUUUGUCAGUAUGUUGGUUGGUUUUUUGUACGGGACUGAGCAGCCACCACGACUGCAGGGCAUGUCUUUUUUAGCUCCAACAUGCAUGAGCAGGAUGUGACGUGGCACUUUCAGCAUGCAAAGAUAUGCAGAUGAUAAUUAGCUUACUCAGAUGACUUACUGGAAAUAUAUUUCCUUUUAAUCUCUCUGUUCAUCGUGUAUAACUGAAACACAGAUCAUUAAUACAUUCCAAAGUCAGUUCAGUAAGCUAAAAUCUGUAAAACAAAGGGCUGGAUCUAAAGUGUUAGAUGGGCAUUCAACACACAGAUUUUUAUAAUGUCUUUUUGAAAAUAAUUUGACUAAGUUGCCCUUAUUUAUAUUUAUGUUGUCGGUCCAUGAUAUGCUCGUUGCAAAACCCUAAAACAGAUAAUGUAAGUAAUCCUGAGGAUGUGCAGUAUUACAGACCUGUGGGUCCAGUAGAUGUCACUGGACACCAUUUAAUUCUUAGUUUAUUGUAUCAGAGUUUGAGCCAUUUUAAGAGGCCUUGGAUGAGAACCUGUUAAACAAAAUGUUAAUUGUCUGUCUCAUGUAAAGAUGCCAUGACCAGAGGUUGACACUGUUAUUGGAAAAGAGCUUUAUUGUCUCUACAUCUCUUCAUGUGCUCUAAUUCAGUCCAUUAAAUGUAUAUUAUGUUUUAGAAUAAAGCUCUACAUAUACAAUG